GCCGGAAAUGAUCUCGCGCUGCCUAGGAAACAGGACGCGGCCCAGUAGUAGCCAAACCUGAGAGCCGCACCCACCCUGUCGCCAUGGAGCUUCCCUCAGGGCGGUGCGAGGAUCCUCGCUCUUGUGAUGAUGAGUCGGACCCGGAGCCAGACCCGGACCCUGACGUUCAGGCUGAGGCCUACGUAGCCCGCGUGCUCACCCCACCCAAACCUGGCCUGACCCCGCGGCGCUCGUCGCUGCAGUCCACGCUCUCCGCGUCCCUGGACGCGCCGGAGCGAAAGGCUGUCUCCAGAGUCCCGCCCGUGCGCCUGCCGGGCCUGCUGAGCCUUCCCCCGGAGCUGCUGCUGGAGAUCUGCGCCUACCUGGAUGCGCGGGUCGUGCUUCAUGUCCUGCCGUGCGUGUGCCAAGCACUGCACGACCUCGUGCGUGACCAUGUCACCUGGAGGCUACGCGCUCAGCGCCGCGUACGUGCACCCUACCCAGUGGUGGAAGAGGAGGACUUUGACUGGCCAACUGCCUGCAUCGAGUUGGAGCAGCACCUGGCCCGCUGGGCAGAGGAUGGACAGCGAGCUGAGUACUUCUGCCUGGCUGAUGGUCACUUUGCUUCCAUUGAUGCAGUGUUGCUGCUCCAGGGUGGGGCACUGUGUCUGUCAGGUUCCCGAGAUCGCAAUGUCAACCUGUGGGACCUACGACAUUUAGGGAAGGAGCCUAGCCGAGUUCUGGUGAAGGCCUUGGGCACCCAGGGCAAUAGCACACACCAGGGCUGGGUGUGGUCGCUAGCAGCACAGGACCACCGUGUGUGCUCCGGCUCUUGGGACAGCACUGUGAAGCUUUGGGACAUGCAGGCCGAUGGGCAGCAGUUUGGCGAGAUCAAGGGCAAGGCGGCCGUGCUGUGCCUCUCCUACCAACCUGACAUCCUGGUGACUGGUACUUAUGACAAGAAGGUGACCAUCUAUGAUCCCAGAGCUGACUUGGCCCUAGUGAAGAGCCGGAGGCUGCACUCAAGCGCUGUGCUAGCGGUGCUGGCAGAUGACAGGCAUAUCAUCUCGGGCAGUGAGGACCACAGUCUUGUGGUAUUUGAUCGCCGAGCCAAUAGUGUCUUGCAGCGGCUGCAGCUGGACUCCUAUCUGCUCUGCAUGUCUUACCAGGAGCCCCAGCUCUGGGCGGGUGACAACCAGGGCCUGCUGCACGUCUUCGCCAACCGAGAUGGUUGCUUCCAGCUUGUCCGGUCCUUUGAUGUGGGUCACCAGUCUCAGAUCACAGGGAUCAAACACUCUCUGGGGACUUUGUACACAACAUCUACUGACAAGACCAUUCGGGUUCACGUGCCCACAGACCCACCUAGAACCAUCUGUACCAGAAGCCACCACAAUGUGUUGAAUGGGAUCUGUGCUGAGGGCAACGUGGUGGUGGCUGCCUCUGGUGGCCUGUCAUUGGAGGUCUGGAGGCUGCUGGCCUAAACAGCUGGAUGGAUAUGCCUGGAUAUAUACUGCCUGCUGAGGCUGCACCUAGGCCUCAGCUCUGGAGGACCUUCCUGCGAUUGGUGCUGCUUCUGCCCUGCUCCACAGGCCUGGGGCAGAGGAAGCCCUAGGGCUGGGCCCACACCUGUGCCUGUGGAGGUGACAUUCUGGUUUUAGCCACACAGGGGGCUAUUCCCUACCUUCCACCCUUGGGUUGUUUUGUUUUGCUUGUUGAGAACAGGGUCUUAGUAACCCAGGCUGGCCUCAUACUCACUAUGAGGCAGGCCUUGAAUGCUUGAUUCUCCUGCCUAAGUCUCCAAGUGUUGGAAUAACAGGUGCACCACCAAACCUGGAUGAUCCCUGUUUUGUUAGGAUUUGGGUGCUUCUUUCCCACAGGAGAGUGAAGGAGAAAUAAAUGACCGACUGUGCAAUUGUUGGGAA